AUGUCGUCCGGGUCCAGCAAGAGGGGUAUCCGCACCCCCGAUGCGCGCGGGGCGCCGCGAGAGUCGCCGCGAACCCCCCGCCACGCGCGCGAGCACGCGCCGACUCCACCCGGCGAGUGGGUCACCGGUCGACGCGGCACGCGCCCGGUCACCUCCCCGGACUUUGACCCGCGCGAUGUGGCCGCCGGCACCGGCAACUGGGGGAUGCUCACGCCAACCUUCGACGAUCGGUUCAACACGCCGGAGGGGUCGUGGUUGACGGAACCCGCCGACUUCGCCGGCAUAUCCGGCGGCCCAAGAAGCGUGGCGCAGCCCGCCCGCGCCGUUGGCGCCGCCCGCGCUACCCCUAAACCGGGCACUACGCCGGGAUCGAGUCGCCGGGUCGACUCGAGCCUUCGCCGGGAGGCUUCCGUAUCCGCCGCCGCCGCCGCCGCCGCGCACACCGGCUCCUUCGCGUUCGGGAGGUACCAGAGCGGCGUGGACGAGGACGACGCGAGGUCCAACGUCGGUUCCUCGUCCAAGCCGCCGUCCAACGUCGGGCGGGGCGUCACGUGGGACGUUCGUUCGGAAGAUGGACCGGCGGGGGCAAUUCGCAAGUCUCCAAACGCGCGGACGAGUGCCGAGUACCCGUCCUCGCCCGACAUGAAGGUGCGCCUCUCCGCGGCGAUGGAGGCGCUCAGGAACGUGCGCACGGAGCUCGAGGAGAAGGAGACGAGCCUCGGGGAUUCGCUCGCGGAGUCGCGCGCGAUGCUGAUGAUCGCCAACCAGGACCUCGACGAGGCUCGGCGAUUGAACGGGACGCUCGAGAGGGAGUCGGAGGAUGCGAAGGGCAGGGCCGACGCGUUGCGAAAGGCGCUCACGGACGCGCUCGCGAAGGUGGAGUCGCAGGCGCGCGAGUCCGCGGCCGCCGCCGCCGCCGCCACGCGCCUGUCCGCGGCCGAAGACGCGACGGAGCGCGCCGAGGCUGAGAACCAAAAGCUACGCGAGGCUCUCGACCAAUCCGAGUCGAGGCUCGCCGAGGCGGAACGCGCUCGAAAAGACGCGGAGAAGGAGGCGGAACGCCGCGUCGACUCCAUCGCGGACGUGGAGAACGAGCUCGACGCCGCGCACGCCGAGAUCGACGCCAGGGUGUCCCGUGAGCGCGAGCUGGCGGACCAGAUCGAGCGACUAUGCGAGGCGGUUCUCAUCAGCGAGAGCGCCGAGGGGAAAACCGCCGGAAAAAUUGACGGCGCCAUGUCCGUGGAGGUGGCGCGGCUUCGUCAGGAGCUCCGCAAGUCCGAGCAGUACCUGCGCGACGCGUCCACGCGCGCGGAGACGAGCGGGUUCAGGCGCGCCGAGGCCAUCGCGGCGCUCGAGGAGAGAGCGGAGAGAGCGGAGGUUGAGCGGGACAGGCUCGAGUCGAUGAUGCGACCGAUGCGGGACGAGCUCGAGCGGCUGACGGCGAUCGUCAACGAGCAAACCGGGGAACAAGCCGGGGCGUCCGCCGCGAGGGAACGCGACGUGCUCCUCGCCGAGCUCGAGUCUCAGAAGGAGAUUGUCCGCGCGGCCAUGUCAGACGCCUCCAAAGGUGGCGGGGCGAACAGCGGCGUCGACCUCGAGAAGCUCGAGGAGGAGCUUCGGGUCGCCGAGGCGGCUUUGGUGUCGUCGCGCGCCGCCGAGCGGGUGGCGUCCAUUGAGGCGGAGGCUGCGCGCGCGGAAGCCGCCAAGCGCGUCGAGAACGAGCGCGAAGCCGCGCGACGCGAGCAGGAACGCAUGGCGAAGGAGCACGAAUCGAUGGCGGAAAAGCUCGGCGAGUCCAGGGCGAACGCCGCGGAGGCGACCCGCCGCGCCGAAGACCUCGCCGCGCGCGUGCAGGCCCUCGAGGCCAGGUGCUCGGCCGCGGAGUCGGCGAGGGACGAGGCGGCGGCGCGGUUCGCGGCGGCGGCGGCGGGCGAGGAGAACCUCGCGGCGCAGCUGAGGGCGGCAAAGGAAGCCGCCGAGGCGCGGGAGGCUGAGCUCGCGGAGGAGGUCAAGACGGCGAAGAUGACGCGACUGAUGUUCCGGUGGAGGAACCAGGCGACGUCGCACGCGUUCAUCGCGUGGAGGGACAACGCGGCGGAUCGAGCGCGAUCGCGACGGGUGGCGGAGAAGGUGGCCGGCAGGUGGCGGCGCGUGCAGCUCUCGGUUCCCUUCAACGAUUGGCUCGAUUUCGUCGCUUCAGUCGUGGAGGAGCGGCGUCGGCUCAAAGAGGAGGAGACGGAGGCUCGCGCCGGCGCGUCCGAGCGCCAAGCUGGCGAGUUUAGGACCCAGGCGGAGCGGCUCGUCGCCGAGGUGAGCGAGCUCAAAACCCGCGCGGCGGACGCGGAGGCUGCGCUGGAGCGCGCCACCAUCGACGUCUCCGCGGCGACGUCGCGGAUCUCGCAGCUCGAAGCGGAGAAGGAGGAGCGCGACAGGAGACGAACUGCGGAGAACGAGGCUGGCGAGAACAACAUACGGUACCUCGCCAACCAGCUCAAAACCGCGGAGAAGGACGCCGCGGCGCUCAAGCAGGCGGUGAGAGACGCCUCCGCGAACCUCGAGGAAUCCGCGGCUGAGCUCGAGCGGGCCAAGGCGGCCGCGGCGGAGCGCGAGGCUGAGCUCAGUCGCAAACUCGCCACCGCCGAGAAGGAUUCGUCGUCGCUGAAGCUCGCCGUCCGCGACGCGACGUCCAAGUUUGACGACGCGACCGCGGAGCUCGAGAGGGUCAAAACGGCUGCCGAGACGCGCGAGAAACGGCUCGCGGAGGAGGUCAAGACGGCGAAGAUGACGCGGCUGAUGUACAGGUGGAGGAACCAGUCGACGUCGCACGCGUUUGUCGCGUGGAGGGACAACGUCCGCGAAAUUGCUCGCCACCGGAGGGUUCUCGAGAAGGUCACCGCCAGGUGGCGGCGACUGGAGAUAUCGGUGCCUUUCGACCGGUGGGUAGAGUGGACGCGGGCGGCGAUCGACGCACGACGCGAGGAGGAGCUCGAGCGCACCAAGGAGGACGCCGACACCAUUCGCGUCGAGGCGGAGAAGCUCGUGGCUGAGCUCGGAAAGUUCAAGGCGAAGGCGAGAGACGCGGAGGAAUCUGCGGCGGCGAACGAGAAACUCGCCAAGGACGCCGCCGCGGAGAUCGAGAAGCGACGCCUCAGCGCGGACGCCGCGGAGGAGUCCAUGUUCAAGGAGCUCGAGCGGCAGAGGGCGGUCGCGGACGACGCCGUGCGCGAAGCCGCGCGACUCGAAGCUCUCAGAAAGUCGGAAACCGCCGAGCUGAGGGAGAAGAUUUCCACGUUGGAGAUCGCGGAGCGGGAAGCGGUGGAGCGGUUCGCCGCCGCCGCCGCGAACGAGACGAAGCUGGCGCGGGCGCUUCGCGACGCGAACGCGAACGCGGAGGCCAGGGAGGAUGAGCUCGCCGAGGAGCUCAGGUUCGCCAAGCUCGCCAGGCUCGUGCACCGGUGGCGGAACCAAGCCGUCACCAGGGCUUUCGCCGCGUGGAGGCGAAACGCCCGCGAGGUGGCCCGUCAACGACGCGCCGUCUCCAAGGUGGCGACGCGUUGGAAACGCCUCGCGCUCGCGAUACCCUUCGAGGACUGGCGCGUGUUUGUCGACGAGGCCAGGGAAACGAGGAGGGCGGCCGAGAUUGUCGAGCACGAGACGCAGGCUGAGAGACUCGUCGAGGAGCUCGCGACGGCGGCGACGGCGCGAGCGAGACUCGAAGAGGAAGCCGCCCAACUCCGUCGCAGAUGCGAGAUCCUGGACGGUCGCGAGGCGGAGGUGAAGCGCCUCGCGGACGUCGCGAGCUCGGACGCCGCCGAGCUCCGUCUGCGAUGCGAGAAACUCGACGCGGAGCUCGCGGAGGUUCGAGCGAAGCUCCGCCGGUCGGAAAACGCGGCGCGAAUCGAGGCGACGUUGGGUGGCCGCACGCCGACGGCGGGCCGAGUCACCCCGACGGCGGGCCGAGUCACCACGCCGGCGCCGCACGCGAACAGCGACACCGACAGCGACUUCUCCGAGUCCGAGGCUUCCGUCCCGGGACCCGCGACGCGUCGGGCGUCUGCGGCGAGUCCCGCGGCGGUAUCGCCCGAGCCCGCCGCCGCCAACAACGCCGUGACGAGCGACUCGGUCACGUCGUGGACACCGUUCCGAGUUCAAACGAGGGCGGUGGGCGGCGCGCUCCAGCGGGUACACAAGCGCAGGGCGAUGGGCGGGCCGGGGGGUGCGACGGCGGUUCGAGUCGUCGCGGCGGGCGCGUGGAUCGCCGCCUUUGUCGCGUUGAUCGUGCUCGCGUGCGCGACGAUGUACAUGGGCGACGUACACGGGGGCUCUUGCGCGGGCGCGGGCGGGGGCGGGCGCGGCGCGGUGGCGUGGACCGCGGGCGUGCUGGACGAGCUGCUGUCGGGGACGGUGAGAGCGCGGUACAGGCCCGCGUGUGGGGUGGCGCGAAGGCCUUCUUAG